AUGGGGAAACUUUAUAUGAUUGAUAUGCAGGAGCUCACCAAAUGGGCCUACUUCGACACCAUCCUCCACUCGCACACCCUACUCCAUUGCGGAUUCCUAUUGUUACGAUACUGUCAUUCCUCCAAAUCAACGCAACAGAAGAUGAUCUGCAAAGCAAUCAGAAAAGUCCUAUCACAGGACCCUGAAGCUGCUCGUCCCGAACUCGGCCAGCGACCCCUCCUCAUCACCGAGCUGAGAGAAUUCGACCAUGGGGAGGAUUACAUCUGCAAUUUGCUUGGCAAAUAUACUUACGCGAAGACGGGACCUUAUCCAACAGACCCAGUCUCUUUGCGUCCGUUCGGAGUGUCGGAGAGAGCUGGAGACAUCGACAAGAUAAUAUCCAACCUUUCAGGGCAUUACCCCUCUUGCCCGUGGUUGGUGCCUUACGCGUUUCGUGAUAUGAUAAACAUUCUGAUCAAAGAUCGGAUCAAGCAUCUCGGCCGUGAAGGGUACGAUCGCCGGCCUCGGCUCCGCGAAGGAUAUUACAAAGGUCGCCCGGUUAGGGUAUAUGGGUCUUAUAAGGGCAAGUGCGACAGCUACUUGAUUGCUAAACCAACAUUUACCCUUGGCUUCCGGGACACCUCUGGGAACACGCGGGAGUAUUUUGUUAUUCAAGUUAGGGACGGCGGUAACGACGGGCUGGAGGACCUGUUUGCUUAUAUGUGUAUUAUCCACGAGAAUCGGAAGCAGCGCGGCGAGACAAACUCCGUUGUCUACGGAUUGCACACCGACGUUUGUGACUACUACAAAUUUUACAAAAUUAAUUCCGCAUCGAAAAUAUCAACAUUUUCUUGCUCGUCGUUCAGAUCCCCAAGCCUAGGUUAUCAUGAAAAACCCCCGUCGAGGGAAAAGGUUGUAGAGAUGGACUCUUACCGACGCAGGGACGCAAAGUAUCAAUUCUGGGAUAGACGGAACAAGCAAUGGAGAACCCAUUGGAGUGGAACUGAAGACGUCGUCACGCUCUUGGAGAAUAUUCUGGAGCGCGCGGACAUGGAUUGCUACGGCCUCGUGGACAAGGAUUCCGACUGGACAGAUGAGGCGCCCUUCCUGGAGUUCCCCGAGUGGGACCUUAUACCUGAAAUUGUGCAUGGUGUUAACUGUCAUUCUGAGAGGUAUGGUUGUGUCGACCGUGAAUGUUCGUUGACUAAACCUGAGGAACGGCCACGGCCGGCUUGGUUCGGCAGGAUAUGUCCCAUGGGCCAGAAUGAAGUGCCAGCUCGGCCCACGGACGAGCCCCAGUUCUGGGAUAUCCUAUAG